CUGAAAGUUUAUGUAGUUACUGACUGAUUUUUAUUUUGGCAGGUUUUAAGGGGCCUUUAGGAUGCAUAAAUCAGUUCUUAUGAUAAGUGCCCUAAUGGGGUUACUGGGUCUGGUAUCCUCCUCUGAGCAGACCAAUUCAUCAAUUUGCAAGCCAUCUCCAAAAUGGAGUAUAGACGGUGAGGUGCCAAUGGCUGAGGCACUUGGAAAUGUGACAGUGGUGGCUCUUCUUCAAGCUAGCUGUGGCUUUUGCCUCAUACAGGCUGCCAGAAUGGGACCUCUUCGUGACAAGUUAUACCUUCAGGGCAUGACAGAUAUAAAGUACUUGAUAGUGAAUGACCAGAGUAAAACCUCAACAGAUAUGUUCCCUGAGUUGAAACGCUGGGCCCCAAAAGGAAUACCAGUGUAUCAGCAAACCCCAGGUCAAGAAGAUGUCUGGGACUUACUGAAUGGAAACAAGGACGACUUUCUAAUCUAUGACAGGUGUGGUCGUCUUACAUUUCAUAUUCGUCUCCCUCUAAGUUUCCUUCAUUUUCCAUAUGUGGAGGCUGCCAUUAAGUUCACGUACAACGAGAGCUUCUGUGGUAACUGCAGCUUUACUUCCAACAGCACCCUGAUGCCAAUGAAUGAAACAGCUUUAUUAUCAUUAAGUGACAACUCUUCAUCUCCAUUACCAAACAAGGAUGGACCCGUCAAUAAGGAACCAAGUAAGACUUUGGAAAAGAACAAAGACCAUAAAAAAUUGGACAGCGAUCGUAGACCUCAUGACCAUUCCCAGCACCAACCUCUUAACAGCCAUACACCUCAAGAGAACCAAAACUAUCAUCCAAGAAACCUUAUUAAAACUGGGGCACAAAGACCAGAAAAUUAGUAAUUACAGGCAAAAUAUUAUGUUAAAUAUUAUGUGCGGCAUAAAACAGCAUAUCUAUUUUAUGAUAAAAAGGAGCAUUUACUGAGAUCCGUAACUUAUAUCACCAUA